AGCACCACCUAUAAGGAGCUGCUGCAGGACCGCCAAGCAUCAGUCCCUCAGAGGAGCAUCACUGGGACUUUACCUCUCUGUGCGUAAUGGAAAGCAGGAUCACCCCACUUGGCCUGGCUGGGCAUAGCGCCUCCUCUCUCGUGGGUCUGCAGGUUCCUCCGUCCCUUCUGCGGCCACCUCAUCUCUUCCUGCGGGCCUGUAACCCCACUCUGGAGAGAGGCUACCCCCGCACCCCGAAGUGCGCAAGGUGCAGGAACCACGGCGUGGUGUCUGCGCUGAAGGGCCACAAGCGUUUCUGUCGCUGGAGAGACUGCGUGUGCGCAAAGUGCACGCUGAUAGCGGAGCGGCAGCGCGUGAUGGCUGCGCAGGUGGCUCUGAGGAGGCAGCAGGCCCAGGAGGAGAGCGAGGCCCGGGACCUCCGGAUCAUGUACCCCGGGGAGAGUGGAGGUCCUCCUGCGUCCCAAGCAGCCUCCAGCAGCGCUGCGCACAGGUUCGGUGUGUUUGGAGAGGAGAGCUACAAAGUUGAUGACGCACUGAGCAGGUUCAGCCUGUACAGCGGGUUCCUGGCUCGGCCCCUGUUCACCCCUCACAGCGCGAGGCUGCCCUCCCCAGCUGAAAGGACCGAGGUGUCUCCAAACAGAGACAGCAGCACCUCACUGACCGGAGACAGCAGCAGCCCCUCCCCGUUGUGUGAGCAGCGCUCAGAGCGUGCAGACAGUCCGCACAGCCCCCCCUCCUCCUCAGACCCGGAGUCAGGAAGCGAAUCGGAGAAGCCCAGGGACUUCCGGGGUCUGGAGCGGGACCCCACUGACAUUAUGGCCAAGAUCUUCCCCCAGCAGCGACGGGACACGCUGGAGUCCAUGGUGCGGACUUGUAAAGGAGACCUGGUCCGGUCCAUAGAGCUGGUGCUGAGCUCCAAGGAGAACCAGCUGGACUCGGAGGGUAAGCUCCCCUCCGGAGCUCUGGAGAGCAUGUCUGCCUUCUCCCCGCUGCACAUGCACCCCCCGGCCGCAGGAGGAGAGGGUAUGUUCGGGCUCAGCCCCCGUCUCGGGGUCAAUCCCUUCCGGCUAGCCUACUCCUCCGCUGGCGGCUACAUGUCCCCGUACGUGAGCUCCGGACUGAUGCCGAUGUUCCCCCUGCGGCCCCCCCUGGACUCCUACUCCUUCCCGGGAAUCAUCAGAGACCUAUCCUCCCUGCAGAAAGAGUCCCGGUGCAGCCCGGGGUUCUACAGCAGACUCAGCUCCGACAAAUGAUCGUUUUGAACAUUUGAUUAAUGUCGACUGAUUUCACAUUAAAGUGCCUCAAACUAAAGCCAUACUUUUAUACUGUAAAUAUUGUUUAUUUUUUAAUAAAGCUUUCAAACAUGAAA